UGUGCACAGAAUGACGUCGCUCUGACUGCAAGUCCAACCGACUCCUGCGUUUGUUUUUUUAUUACUCCUCUUUAAAAAAAAAAAAAAAAUUAAAAAAAAUGCAGGGCCCCAGAUUCGUUAAUCUGCGAAAUUACAGCCAUAAUGUGAGAUUAUGCGCCGCUGUCGCCCGACCCAUCGCUGAGGCUCGUCUUGUCAGGAGCAGCGGCUCGUUGUUGAGGAUUACUAGAGAUAAUACGCAGUAGACUUUUACGGUGUGCGUUUAGCUGUCAAACUGACAGCGAUGUGUCAGGAAGAGUAGUUAGAGCGGGUUUGUUGAUAUUUAUUCACUUUGCAGUGCGCGUCUUUCCUCCCCUGUCUUCUGGAUUACCGCUGCCCAGCAACACAGCCACCUGACAACUCUGAAUGUCGUAAUUAAGGUGACUCAAUGAGCCAGCAAUGGAGACCAAAGGAUACCAAAGUUUCUUUGAUGGAGAAGACGCAGAGAAUAAAUGGUCUGAAGCCCCGAGCACGAUGGAGUACUCCUGCAGCACAGAGGAUUCGAGUCUGACUAGCAGCGACAUCCUGAUGGACGUAGUCAAUGUCAGCUGCUGUGCUGGAAGCCUGGCAGCCGACAGCAAAGACAAGAAUACCAAGAAGCAGGAGCAGCCAACGCUUCAGCUCAGCCAGAGCCAGCCAUUUGUUCUCCCACACUUCAACAACACCCUGCAUGGUCUUAAACAGGAAAUGGACUCCAAGGAGCUUUCCAAGACUGUGGCUGAGUCUAUGGGUCUGUAUAUGAACGCUGCCAGAGAGGCGGACUUUGCUUUCAGCCAUCAUGGAGGCAGCUCAAGCCCAGGGAAACCUUACCCAGUGUGUGGGCGCUCGCUGGAGGAGAACCAGUGCGGCUCCAAAAAGAGCCCCAAGUUGAAGCCAUUUGGCUUUCAACAGCCAGGUGCCACUCCCAGGGAAAGCACCACUGGGACUGUAGUUAGUUCAGCGUCCAUGCUUGUGUCCUCCCUGUCCUGCAGUCCCCAGACGUCCAGCUGCAUCUCAAGCCCCGGAGGCAGCAACAACAUGGUGUCAUCUACAACCAGCCCUACAUGCUUUGGACCACUAUGCUCGUCUGUCAGCAGCCCUGGAAGCCAGACUUUGUGCGCAGCAACUCUAGCCAACAUCAAGAGCAGGAAUUCAGUCACAUGUAGCCCUGUAGAGUCCAGCACAGUUGGUUCGCCCCCGCUGACCAGUCCGCUUAAUGUCAUGAGGUCCCCCAUGUCCAGCCCACAGAGUAUGAGCAGCGUGCGAUCCCCUCCAUCCUGCAGCACGACUUGUAACAUUAGGUCGUCUGUUUCCAGCCCCACUGGUGGCAGCUGCACUGCUGCUACUAAUAACAGUAACACAGCAAGGCUGUCCAUCUCCAGUCCGGCCUCUGGGGGCCCAAUGGCUGCCAGCAGCCCCCAGAACUCCUCCUCUGUUGGGUUUCCUGUGUCCAGUCCGGCUGGUGGGCUAGGUUUGGUUCAGAACGACACCAACAGUCCGGACGCGGAGGGGAUGACCAGAGACACAGAUUUCAAGAACUUUGAGUUCCCUAAAGUGGAGAUGGUGGACGGGGAGGUGUUCAGCGUGGGGCUGGACCAGAUGGGCAUGGUUAAGUACAUCAAGAAUGAACCUGAAACUGACUUCCGGAGCAUGUGUCUCGGCAGCUCCAAAUGUAACGUGAGCAGCACGCCGUUAAUCACGCAGAUUAAGAGUGAGCCAAACAAAAACGAGGGUUGCAUGAACCAGCAGCCCUUCGGAGAGACGUCGCCGUCCCUCAGCCUCUUCCCUGCAUCCGAGACCACAUAUUUAUCCCUGAGGAACAACAUCGACGAGUACAGUCUCUCUGGGAUCCUAGGACCCCCAGUCUCUUCUGUGAAUGGGAACUAUGAGACAGACUUGUUCUCCAACAAUGUACUGUCUAAAGGGGUCAAACAGGAGUCCAAUGACGGCAGCUAUUACCAAGAGAAUAACAGCAUGUCCACCUCCGCCAUUGUUGGAGUUAAUUCCGGCGGACACUCAUUCCAUUACCAGAUUGGAGCGCAAGGAACAAUGUCAUUCACGCGGCAUGACAUGAGAGACCCGUCCAACCCUUUGUUGAAUCUAAUUUCACCUGUAACGGCGUUAAUGGAGUCGUGGAAAUCUCGGCCAGGGUUGUCACAGGGUUCGCUGUCAGCCAGGAGUGAAGGCUUCUCGGGUCAGAACUGCAUCGCUGACAGCAUGUCAAGCUCAGCACUCAGACAACCUUCCUCAACGGCCAAAGUGUGCCUGGUCUGUGGAGACGAAGCGUCCGGGUGUCACUACGGUGUGGUGACGUGUGGAAGCUGCAAAGUGUUCUUCAAAAGAGCCGUGGAAGGUCAGCACAACUACCUGUGCGCUGGCAGAAAUGACUGCAUCAUUGAUAAGAUCCGAAGGAAAAACUGCCCAGCCUGUCGCGUACGGAAGUGUCUUCAGGCUGGGAUGAACCUGGGAGCACGGAAGUCUAAAAAGUUAAAACUGAAGGGAGUUAACGAGGACCUGCAGAGCUCCAAAGAUGCCCAGAUUGCCACAGGUGGCGUUGGAGGCGGCUACCUGUCCUCAGAGAAGGAGCUGAGUGCCAGCGCUGCCAAUGCCCUGGUGCCCCACGGGCCUGGGGUGGUCACACCUUUUCUGCCGCCCUCCAUCUGCAGCGUGCUGGAGCUGAUCGAGCCCGAAGAGGUGUACUCUGGCUAUGACAACACACAGCCAGACACAACUGACCACCUGCUGUCCAGUCUCAACCGCCUGGCUGGAAAGCAGAUGGUACGCAUGGUGAAGUGGGCCAAAGUACUUCCAGGUUUCCGGGGCCUGCCCAUUGAGGACCAAAUCACCCUGAUCCAGUACUCAUGGAUGUGUCUGUCCUCCUUCUGCCUCAGUUGGCGCUCCUACAAACACACCAAUGGUCAGAUGCUCUACUUUGCCCCGGAUCUCAUCUUCAACGAGGAGCGCAUGCGGCAGUCGGCCAUGUAUGACUUGUGUCUGGGCAUGAGGCAAGUCAGCCAGGAGUUUGUUCGGCUGCAGCUAACCUACGACGAGUUUCUCUCAAUGAAGGUGCUUCUACUUCUCAGCACAGUUCCCAAAGAGGGUCUGAAGAACCAGGCUGCAUUCGAGGAGAUGAGGGUUAAUUACAUCAAGGAGCUGCGACGUUCUGUGGGAAAGGCGACCAACAACUCCGGCCAAACCUGGCAGCGCUUCUUCCAGCUCACCAAGCUGCUGGACGCCAUGCAUGAUCUCGUUGGGAACUUGCUGGACUUCUGCUUCUACACCUUUCGUGAGUCGCAGGCCCUGAAGGUGGAGUUCCCCGAAAUGUUGGUCGAGAUCAUCAGUGACCAGAUACCAAAGGUGGAGUCGGGCCUUACUCACACUAUCUACUUCCACAAGAAGUGACUCGCUGCAAAGCCGGAACAGAAGUGGCAUUAAGAACCGGGAAAGAAAGAGGAAAACGAGGUUCAGGGAAGGGAACGUGUGCAAGAAAGGCCUGAUGUGUCGGCCCCUCACCCUGCCGCCCCCUGAGGCGGCGUCCUCGCCUCGGAUCGCCGUCGAGCAGAGUGGUGAGGAGAAGGAUUUGACCCUGCAGUCACCAUAAGCAUCUUAGAGCUGUGAAUAGUUUGAGACAUCGAGCACGACACGACAAGAUUGACUUUUAACAAACCUGACGAAAACAUCCUGAUGUACACCCAUGCAACCCUGCCCCAAAGAUGAAAACAGUAUUCUGUGGAGAUAAAGCCAUAAAUCACCUAGAAUAUAUUCACACAGGAGUAGAUGGAAAAUUAACAAACUUACAUGCCUUCCCGUAAAUGCCCUCCACCUGCACUAUAUUGAGAUUCCCUUACAAACCCACUGAUUUUUUUUUAAUUGCAAAUAUUAAAUCUAGCUUAUGCAGUCUUAAAAAGAAUAAUCACACUUGGAAAUAUCCUGCUUAGACUAGUAAAUUAGCUCUGCGUGUAGCAGCAAAGGACUUCAUGUGGAGGCUGCAGGUCUCUGUGAAGGUAACCCAAGGGCUAUACAGGCAUCAUCACAAGCUAAACGGCGACAUCAAAUCUAACAAGUCCAAGUUCGGUUCACAAGUCUGCAUCGUAACGGCCAUUAAUGACAUCGACACACACACACACAAGGUUAAAUACGUGUAGUGAAACAAUCAAGACUCUUAUGCAAAAGUCCAAAGCUUGAGCUGUUUUGAAAUGAAUAUAUCUCUCAAGUGUGAAGAAAGCUUGCACAUGAAACUCCCGUGACUAUUUCAGAGACAUUGUGUUAUAUAUUGAUGCAACACUUUACCUUUUCUGCAAAAAAAAUAAAAAACAAAGUUAAAAAAAUGUUGCAGGAUGAAAUAAUGCAUUUACAGAAACAAUUUCAGUAAGAGUCGACUGAUAAUGGAUUUGACUGAGGUGAAUCUAUAGUAAUAGCUGUCAUUUGUGUUAUCUCCAGAGCAGCUGUCCAAAUGUCUGUUUUUACCCGCAAUGAAGCUAAACCAGCCCUUUGUGAACCAACACUUAUCUACUCUUCCCAGAGACAAUAAAAAGCAUUUUAUAGAAGGGUUCGUUUUUUUGACAAGCCAGUCAUUUUACAUUAAGGUGCUUCAUUUCUACAAAGCGAGGCGAGACGUAACAUGUACAGUAACAAGUAGACAGCCCAGACACUACAAUAUAUAUGGACUCAAAGUCUGAACACACAUACUCUGUAAAGUUUAUAGUAUCCAACGUGGAGCAUUACUCUGCUUACAGCUAACACAUCAAUACCGAGUGAGUUUGUACAGGUAUUAACACCGUUCUCCUCAGUUGAUGUACAGAAGAUGUUUUAAGGUACGUGUUGAUGAAGAACAGAUUAUUCUGCUUUUUCCUCCUCUAUUUGGGCCAAGUUGUAUUACUUUCACUACGUUCUUCUGGACCAUUUAAUAGUCUCACACCCCACUGGUUUCUGGACGGUUGUGGAAAACUACGAUGAUGCUACUGAAAAGCGACAGAGAAGAUAACAAGUGUGUGGGGAGGCGUGAUUGUUAUCCAGUUAUUGUGCCCUGUAAGUGUGUAUUUACAUGUGUGUAUGAAGUUUGUGUGCAUCUUUUUUUCUUUUUUUAUCUCUCUCUCGGAACGCAUGUGAAUAGUUUAUCUGCUCUUUCAGUGUGGGUUAUUAUGCACACAUGUCAUAGAUUUUAGCCACAUCCUGUUUCCACAUUUAGAUUUGCACAGAGGAGGAACAAUGUGAAAUGAGGCAUCAGCGCAGCUAGCAGGGAUUGUUUGUUUCUUUAAGCGACUCUGAUAACAGAGGGAGGAAUUUCUGCAUGGUCACCCAACCUAAAGUCAGACAGCAUAAUAUUAGCCACCUAGCCUGGUGCUGGUGUGCUACAUUAGAGCACCAGAACCUCUCAAAGCCGGCCCAAGGCUUAAGCAAGCUAAGCAGCCCGCAAUAUCAGUGACUUAAUUCCCUAACGGGAUGCACUGACCAUCAGCUGAGUUUUAACUUGACAGGACAAAAUCAGGAAACUAAAACAUCAGAUCAUUUUUGGGUCAGCAGACAUGCUGUGCCCAAACCCUUUGGGCUGCGCUAGCUACAACACCCUUUGGUGUGGAAGUUUGUACUGAGGAAAGAAAACUCAACAUUAGUAAAUUGUAGUAGUCUAAAGAAGCAUUUUAAAUGUUUGGAAAUUAUAUGGGUAUCUCUCAAAAGACUAGAAACAUUGUCAAAUGAGUAUACUUGAAAAAAAAAAUAAUUCUCUCUCUUUGAUGCUCCAUGUCUUUUGAGGUUGGAAGGCAGCUUUGCCAUCACCCUAAUCUCUAGCUCCCUCCUCUAUCAGAUUCAUGUUUGGACUUUGGCUGGGCCACUUCAAAAUGUUUCUUAUGCUUCAGUUAGAAGAAAAAUAUAAGUAACGUUGAAAUGUUUCACUUUAAAGAUAUGAAUGUCAAUAAUGUCAGGCAUAAUUCUAAUUUAAACGAGUAAUUUAAUCAGAUAACAGAAAGACUGACUGUGUUGUAGCCACGUUGCUCUGAUUUAUUAUCAUUUGUAGCUUUCAGCCUCUAUCAUGGAACAUGGUGUGUUUUGAUAAUGUUGGCUUUUGAAAAAAUCCACAUUUUAUCGAAUACACAUGGAAGCUGAUGUUACAAAGCAAACUGAUAAUUUAGGAGGCUAAAAUUAAAUCUGUUUCUUAAAAAUCAGUUUUAGGGCAACUCCCCUCUCAACUACUGAGGUGGUUCCUUUGCUCUUAAGGUAAAUAAUUAAUGAGUGUUGAUUGAAUGUAUCCAAGAGAAAUUAAAAUCAACUAAAAUUGAGGGUCAGAACUUCGCAAAAAUAUGAAAUUGGCCACAAAAAUCUGAUAGGUGCAUCUCUACUUGAACUAAAAAUUUUAAUUUAAUUUGACAUAUGUUUUAUCAAAAUAACAAAAUUUGAUAGUUUGGAAGAGCAUGACUGAAGUCACCAUAGUUCAGUCAUUUCUCAUGCUUGUGUCUGUGUGGGAAUCACCUUCAAUCAACACUGUAGCUGUAAAUAAAUAAAUAACUAUGAACAUUCACUUAAUGCAGGAUUCUGGCGCUGCCUAACCAAAUGAAGAUGUCAGACAAGUUAAUUUGGGGCCCCAAAUUAAAUUUUGCUCCUGGCCCCAUAUCAUCUUGGGUCGGCUCUGGAACCGUUCCACCAGACUUUUCGCUCUCUUCUGUUUGUUCAUUUUCAGGCUAACAGAAGCCAGAAUUAGUUUGUCUUUGGAGGUUUAGUAAAUAUAGUUUAAAUGACGGGGAUCAGAAAAGGGAGAGGGUCGUGUAUUUUAUUUCUUAUUAUUGUCAAAUUGGGAGAUCUGAGGUGGAUGUGUCAAAUUUUGUCAUCCUGAUGGAUUUUUUUCUCCAUAAGUUAUGGGAAAAUAUAUAUAUAUUGGGUAAGAAUGUGGGGCCAACUUCUCCUCUUUCAAUAUACUCUACAGAAAUAUUAUUUCAAUGUUUUUUUUCUCCACUGCAAUAAUUUUCAGCACCUUUCCAGAAAGGCUUCAUUUAAUUCUUUAUUUUGCCCCUUUUCGUUGUCCUUUUUAAAGAAUAAAAAAUGUCUAGCAGUUCAUAGAAUGAAUGGGAAAGUAUUUUUGAGAGAAUUAUAUUUUGCAGGAAAACAAUAUUUAAGUACUUUGUCUAAAAAUGAUAUCCUUUUUGUAAAACAAAAUGUUAUUGCAUGCUUUUUGAUGAGAUGUUUACAUGUACUUAAAAAAAAGGGAAACUUGUGCCUUUUUAUCUCACCUGAUUUACAGUUUUACAGUAUAUAUUGUAAAUAAUAAGGCAAGUCUUUAUGUUGAGUGUAGUAUAAAACAUUUCUACUUUAACCAUCUUGUUAAACAGCUGAAAAAAAAUGUGUUUCCCACUCGCCAUGUUCUGUUUGUUGGCUCACAGAGUAAGUGUUGGCACAGUGAAAUGAAUGUAUCAUAUAUUGUGAGAGACUUAUGGAGCAUACUACCUGAAUGUUAGAGAGAGUACAUUUAUUAUCUACUCACUGAGGACAUUUUUUAUUUUGCUUUUUUUUUUUUUUUAAUUUUCUUCAUUAUUGUUUCCUUAAACAAAUAAAAAAAAAAAUCAAAAGCACUUUUUAAAAAAUUUUGUAACAAGCUGUAUUAAGAAAGGGAUCCUCUUUGCUGUUGAGGUGAUAUCGUAACCAUGGUGACAAAGUUGACAAGCACUAUAAUAAUAAAAACCAAGGAGUCACAUACUGUUGGAACUGGGACAUGUUAAAGGAAGUUAUUGACUUUUUAGUUUUGAAAUACAAACAGGUGAACACAUUAACAUAGAAUCACUGACUUCAACAUAAGUUUGCGCCGGAUUUAUUAUUAUUUCUUUUAUUUUAUUACAAAUUAUCAAUUGAAAAGAAAUGUGCAUUAAGGUUUGGCUAUCAAAGAAAAAUAAUGUGACCUAAAGAAAGGUAGAUCCAGGAUGUUGAAUCUUCUGCAACCUCUCCUAGUGAGACUGGAUGUCUCAUUCAUUAUCGGAGUAAAAAACAACUAUUAUAUGAAUGUUAUAAAAUAAAUGUUAUGUUUGGUUCCAUGUGUUCACGAAACUAUCUUCACACUGUAAAUUAGGCUAUUUGAAACGGUGAAAGGGAAAACUGAUUUUUAUUUUUUAUGUGGUGUUCUGUGGAGUUMURGUUAGUAUCAACCUGCAGCAGAAAGUAAUCUGAAUAAUYUCUGUUGGGAGAAACCUAAGCUAAUUUCUUAAGUAAAGACAAUCUGAAAGUGGAUUGAAAAACAUUUUUUUAAGGAACAUAUAGAUUUCAAAUGACCAUGUAAUGUUUUCAAGAAACAACUUUUUACUGACUUGAGUGAUGGAUGCUUCCCAAAAUGAGAUUUGAACAUAACCAGUUCAUUUAAAGACAGGCAGGAAGUGUUUAACUUUAAAAACACUUAAAAAAACAUGUCAUCCAAUUUGAACCAAAUAUUGUUCCUGUUUAUAUGAAUACAGUAAAAUUAAUUUUGCCAUAAUUUCAUUGAAAUUUAAAAAUACAAUGCAAACAAAAUGAUAAAACAACCAUUAAAAUGUCAAAUACAAUUAUGUGAAGCGAUUYAUUUUUAUAUCUGGAAUUGCUUGUUAAAUGUCUUUGGCUUUUAUUCAGACACAUUUAUUUGAAGCUGCAAAACACGACAAACACAACUUCAAACCAUUUCACUCUGCUGGGUAAAACACAGAAUGUCAAGUUCCUGUGUGACAUAAUUCCCAGAUAUUCUUGCAUUGCUUUGGCGUAGAGUACUUUAGAAAUCAUUUCAUUUAUAUGUUUUGCAUCAAACAUGGAUGUUGAGAUGUCAAACUAUGUAAUUGAAYAACAGGUAAAAACUUGUGAUUGCUCCUGACUCUUUUCUAAAUUUGUUUACCCCAAACUGUGAAAACUACACAGUUGUGGUUCAAUACAAAUACUUGAACAUCUCAGAGUAAACAACCAUUUUAAAGCACAAAKACUGGAGCAGAAAUUCAGUCUGGACUAGCCAUUAGCAGGACUCUUUCAUCGAAACUUCUGUUUCCCCAACCUGAAAUUGUUCUGAGAAGCUUUCAGCAGGUAACAUACUGACUAAUGACAAAUCCACAAAAUCCACACUUCAGAUUUUUCCCAAACUAUUUCUUUAAAUUUUUUACUGCCAAAAUAUGAGCUACAAGCAGUGGGGGGAUUAAAGUGUGACAGCAAAGUAUUGAACCAAGAACAUGGGGAGUGUUGGAAAUAAGUGAGCAUAUAAAUCUGUCUGUGCUCAAGUUGCAUUGUUAGUAAUUCAAUAUUUCCAACUGUCACUUUAACAAAGUGAGAGAAAAGAAAAUCUUCUGCAAGUAAGUGCAAUUCUCUGUCAGCAGACGGACCUGUGAGCUGUAUUGACACUCUCAUCCAACUUCCAGCAAAAAGUAAACAAGAAUAUUCACAACUGUCAAACUAGUUCCAAGAGAGGGAAGCUGAUUAAUGUACAGUUUAUUUUUUGGCCAUCAGUCAUUACCUACUGCCAGCUAUAAAACUUUCCCAAAACUCCAGGGAGCUGCAUUGUCUUCUGAACAGUCCUCUUCUAAAUUCACUCUCCUUUUUUGGCUUGUUUGUCUCACGAUUAGUCUAACUGCUGUUUCCUGACACUAUUGCGUCAUUGUGUGUAUGGAGUCAUGUCAUUGCCGUUUUUCAGAGUUGUGAAUCGGGUGUAGACAGUCUAAGCCAUAUCUCCACGGCCAUGGCAGUGCAUUAUUUAUUAAUAAAUAUAUAAAUAUAUAUAUAUAUAAAAAUAUACAGAAAUGCUUUUUCCAGAUCCAAAAAUACCUUUUUACUCAGUACAAGUUUUCUUAGCAAACAUACAGUGAACCUCCUUCACCAAACCUCCUUCAGCAUUUUUUGAAACCAGAUACUACUGUAUAUCUUAAUGCAGAUAUUGCCAUACUUGUGUUUGCAGAAAUAUUGCAAGAUUCUAAUAAAACCAUUACACUGAC